AUGUUUGAGUUGCCGGAUGCGAAGCGGGUGCGACGCGAGGAGCUGCAUUCGCCCACAUCGUCACCACGGUCGUCGCCUGACCCAGACCUCCAAGACCUGUUGCGGUCCCAGAUAAACACCGACUUCACAUUUACGACCACUGAAGAUGUCGCCCAAGAUACGCCACCCGACGACGACGAGGAAAUCGAGCUGCGACUAUUCGCGGCACCAUCCAAUGCGCCUCCACAGACUCACAAGAUACGCUUGUCUUCUCCCGGCGCAGAUCUCGGGGAGCCAGGAUUUCUUCUGAAGAAGCCACGGAGUUAUUACUUUGCCGAUGAGCCCACAAGCGAAGAGGAAGUCGCAUUCCAAACGGCAGCCAUAGAUGGAAGGAGUGUCCUGGAGCUGUCAAAGCAGCCAUGGCCGGGUUGCGCCUUGCCCUGGAAGGUGCGCAAAAUAUCAGCAGCAGGCAUGAGGAAGGAGGUAUUGGUCGGCCAUCCCCCAACGCUGCUCACACUCGAAGAGAAGGAGCGCAAGCGGACACGGAAGGGAAAAAAGGCACGCAUCGCCAUUAGGCAAAAGCUGCAGGCCACCAAGGAGAAGCAGACUGAGCAGGCGAGGCUUGCACAAGAAAAGGCUGAAGCUGAGCGCGAGAAGCGGACGCGACGAAAUCGGGAGAAGAAACUCAAGAAGAAGGCAAAAGGACAGGCCAAGAAGGCCGUGGAUGGAGCUACUGAAGGCGCAAUGGAGGGGGUGGAGGGUUCCCUGGAAGUCACUACAACUGAUACCCAACCGAUGAAUGAUAUAACGACAUGA